AUGGGUAUCAUUCUUCUUUUUAUUAUUAUUCUCAUAUUAGGAAUUCUAAUAAAAAAAUUGCUUACUCCUGCAAUUAAUCCAUAUCGUUUUCCAAAAAUCCAUAAUUGGGCUAAACAAGGAAAAUAUUUUAAUUUUAAUGGUUAUCCAAUAUUUUAUUAUGAUUCAAAUAUACGUGAUACAACAGCUAAUUCAAAACCAACAUUAUUGUUAUUACAUGGAUAUCCAACUUCAUCGAUAGAUUGGUUAUAUAUGCGAGAUGAAUUAGAAAAACGAUUUCAUUGUAUUGCUCCGGAUUAUAUCGGUUAUGGUUUAUCAGCUAAACCAGUUUCAUUUUCAUAUACGAUUUUUUCACAAGUAGAUAUGAUUGAAGAAUUAAUGAAUUCUUUACAAAUCAAACAAUUUCAUAUUAUGGCUCAUGAUGUAGGUACUACAAUUACUCAAGAAUUUUUAGCAAGACAAAUUGAUAAUAGAAAAUAUAUUAUUCAAUCAACAGUAUUUCUUAAUGGUGGUUUAUUUCCUGAAUCUUAUCGUCCAUUUUUGUCAAUGAAACUAUUAAAAACACCUAUAAUUGGAGUUAUUUUGCAAAAUAUACUUCCUCGAGCACUAUUUAGUUCAGCACUUAAUCGUAUAUUUGGUCCAUCAACAAAACGAACUCAACAAGAAUUAGAUGAAAUGAUAGAUUUAUUAUUUUUCAAUGCUCCAUAUAAUCUAUUACAACAAUUACAAUGUUAUAUUAAUGAACGAUCUAUAAAUAGAGAUCGAUGGGUUGAUGCAAUAAAUAAAGUACAAACAUUUACGAAAAAUCCUAUUCCAAUUAGACUUAUAAAUGGACCAUAUGAUCCAAUUAGUGGAAAACAUAUCGUCGAUAGAUAUCGAGAAAUUAUUACUAAUCCUGAUACAUGUCUAUUAAAUGCUGAUAUUGGUCACUAUGUAAACUUAGAAGAUCCAGAAAAUACAUUAAAAUAUUUUUUUAAUUUUCAUGAUACCAUUUCAACUUAA